AUGUCAGGAAUUUGGUCAAAAGUCCUCAAACAAAAUCAAGCUUUAUUACCUGGUUUUGUUAAUGCUCAUUCACAUGCAUUCCAUCGAGAACUUCGAGGACUCUCUCAAAUUGGAAAUGAGGGAGCUGAUAAUUUUUGGAAAUGGCGUCAAAAUAUGUACAAAUUAGUUGAGGAUAUUGACUAUGAAAAAUUGAAAAAGAUUUGUAUCGACACAUUUAGUGAGAUGUUAUCAGCAGGAAUUACUACUGUUGGAGAAUUUCAUUAUGUUCAUCAUUCAAAUAAAGCUUCUGAUGGAUUUUUUGAUUUAGACAUGGCUGUAAUAGAAGCUGCUUGUGAAGUAGGCAUUAGAUUAGUUUUAAUUGAAACUCUUUAUAUGCGUGCAGGAUUUUCUCAACCAGAUAUUAACCCUGAACAAUGGCGAUUUGCAAGUUCAACUGUUGAACAAUUUAUUGAACAUGUUGAGGAUUUGAGGGAAAAAUUGAAAAAUAAUGAUUUGGUCACUUUGGCGUUGGCAGUUCACUCUCUUCGGGCUGUUCCAGUACCAGAAGCAAUUAAAUUAUACCAAUAUGCUCAACAAAAUAAUUUACCUUUACAUCUCCAUUUGGAAGAACAACCAGCUGAAUUAGAGGAUUGUCGUCUUGUUAGUGGUGGGAAAGACCCGGCAGAAGUUUUAUUACAAAAUAUUUUGGAAAAUGGAGAAACACAAGAGAUAGAUAAUUCAUUAAUAACUGCUGUUCAUUGUACCCAUACUAAACGCUCAAAUCUUGAUGAAAUUUUUAAAAGAAAAAUAAAUGUUUGUAUAUGUCCGUGUACUGAAGGUUAUUUGGGUGAUGGAAUACCUCAUUUAAAUGAAUUUGAUAAUAUUUGUUUGGGAACUGAUUGUAAUAAUAGAAUUGCAAUGUUUGAAGAAAUGCGUUGGCUUGCUUUUUGUCAAAAUAUGCGUACAAAUACUCGAAAUUGUGCUAAUUUAAAUGCUUCAAAAUUAUUUGAAUGUGCAACAUUAAAUGGAGCAAAAUCUUUGGGAUUAAUUUCAAAAAUUGGAAAUUUUGUUAUUGGCAAACAAAUGGAUUUUUUUGGUAUUUUAUUAAAAAAUUUCAAAUUAAAAAAUUUUUGUGAUGGCAAAAAACUUUUGGAUUCUUUAAUUUUUGGGGGAGGAAAUGAAGAAAUUGGAAUGACUGGAAUUGGGGGAAUUGUUAAAUUUAAUAAAUAG